ACGCGUCCAGGUGGCAGUGGGAUCUGGAUAGAUGGGAUAAUGAGAGGAUGUGUGUGUAUGUGUGUGUAAAAGACGGAUAAAAUGAGAGAAGGAGGAUGUGUAAGAGGCGAGCGGACGCCAACUCGGAGCAGCAGCUGAUGGAUGCCGCGGGUCCGGCUGUGUCCCACGCCAUGGAGAAGGAGGAUGGAGAUGCUGGAGAUGCAGAUCUGUCGCUGGAGGAGAUUUUAACGCUGUACGACCAGCCGAUCAAUGAGGAGCAGGCAUGGGCGGUGUGUUAUCAGUGCUGUCGGGAUUUAUCCGUUUCGCAUCAGCCCAGGGGUGUCAGAGGACCAGGAGAUGUCAGAAUCCAUAAAGAUGGCACUGUCAGGAUACAAAGAUCUCCAGGAAAAGAGCACUCGGCGUCCGCUGUGGUUACGAAUGUAAUAGAGUCUCUGGGCAUCAUGAUCUACAAAGCUCUGGACUAUGGCCUGAAGGAGCACGAGGAGAGAGAACUCAGCCCACCUCUCGAGCAGCUUAUUGACCUCAUGACCAACAUGACCGAACUGACCCCUGACCCCUGCCCUGACGAAGGCUACGAAGCCACCGAGGACGAAGAAGAUGAAGAGCUCAGCCAGAGCAGUGGGAUUCGCCGCUACCGGGAUGUUCUUAAGCUGUGCACAAUGCACCUCCCGAGCCCCGCUGAUGCCCCUGAUCACUACCGGGCCGUCUGUCGCGCACUCUAUGCUGAAACCAUGGAACUGCGGACAUUUCUGGAAAAAAUACGGAGUGCAAAAGAGAACCUGCGGAAGAUGGAAGGCAACACGACUGCCGACUCAGCCAGAGACCUGAAUGAGCUCCAGAACGCAGACUGGGCGCGGUUCUGGGUGCAGGUGAUGAGGGACUUGAGGACUGGCGUGAAGCUGAAGAAGGUGCAGGAACGGCAGUACAACCCUCUGCCCAUCGAGUUUCAGCUCACGCCCUACGAGAUGCUCAUGGACGACAUCCGCGCCAAACGCUACACACUGCGCAAAGUCAUGGUGAACGGAGACAUCCCUCCAAGGUUAAAGAAGAGCGCACAUGAGGUCAUCCUGGAGUUCAUCCGAUCCAGACCUCCCCUCAAUCCUGUGGCAGCACGUAAGCUGAAGCCCCAGGUGGAACGUCCGCCGAGCCUCCAUGAAAGGAUCCUAGAGGAGAUCAAAUCGGAGAGGAAGCUCCGCCCAGUGUCACCUGACCAGAUUCGCAGGAGCAGACUGGACGUCUCCGCCCCUGAUGCAGCGAGGAAGACAUCCAGCUCGCUCUCGUUAGCUAAUGGCUCGUCACGCCAACCAAACGGCACCAGCGGCUUCCAGAGGAAGAGACUUCAUGCGCCCACUCUUGCUGAACUGGGAAGCUCAGACUCAGACGACGAGACAGUGGGUCAAAGGUCAGCCAGCAGCUCCAGCAUCUCCACACCGAUAGUUGAAGACACAUCGCCGGAGUCUGCAGUGGGAAAGAAGACCCCGCCUAUGUUCCUGCCCAUCUCCUCCACACCGCAGCCAGAGAGGAAGCAGCCAGCACAGAGGAGACACUCCAUAGAGAAGGAGACGCCCACCAACGUCCGUCAGUUCGUCCCUCCUUGCAGACAGAGCUCCAGAUCCUUAGAGGAGUUCUGCUUCCCGGUGGAGUGUUUGGCUCUCACGGUGGAGGAGGUGAUGCACAUCCGGCAGGUCCUGGUCAAAGCCGAGCUGGAGAAGUUCCAGCAGUACAAAGACAUCUACAACGCUCUAAAGAAAGGCAAGCUCUGCUUCUGCUGUCGAACUAAACGGUUCUCCUUCUUCACCUGGUCUUACACCUGCCAGUUCUGCAAAAGACCUGUGUGUUCACAAUGCUGUAAGAAGAUUCGGUUGCCCUCUAAACCAUACAGCAGCCUACCCAUCUACACUCUGGGACCAUCCACUUCCACGCUGUCCCGGGAUAAAUCGGAGAAGACGAGCACAAGCCAGCGCCGGCCUAGCUUUCAGCGCACCAUGAGCAGACUGUCCAAGUCAUCACGUCAGUCCUCAGCAUCAUCCUCACGCGAGAACAUCGAGCUUCCCAAGGAACUGACUGAAGACUGGAGCACCAUGGAGGUGUGUGUGGACUGCAAGAGGUUCAUCUUGGACAUCAUCUCGUCCAGCAAGCACAGCCUUUCUCUGGCCACCAAACGCAGCCGAAUGAAGCGCAAGACACACUCGUUCGUCCUGCCCUCAGCCACAGGAUCCGAGUACCGGCCGUCUGAGAGAACCAUUCAUGAGGUCUGAAUCAUAACUUUUACGAGACCGACGUACUUCCUAAAGUGGGGUCUUCAUGUCCCUCUGUUUGUCCUGGAGUUUACUACAACGUGAGCUGUUGACUGUGUAAUAUGGUGGCCAUAAAAUCGUUUUAAACACGUUGGACUUCUUCUUAAAGAGAUUUGUUCAGGUGUAUAUACAAAGAGGCAUGUGUCGAUAAUCAGUUAGAAGAUACGCAACACAUUGUUAUUGUUGACGCUUCGAAAUAUCUCCACACUCCCUGAGCUUCUGAGAUAAAGUCUGCCACAUUCAGAAAGCAACACAAGGACAGAAGUCUUACAGAGAACCUUUAUUUUUGAAAACAUAAAGGAGAGAAGAAAAGCAGUACCAUAAUAAUGUUCAUUGGAAGGUUUAAAAUGGACAGAACUGUCGCUUUGACUCAGGAAUCCAUUUACACAAAAGUUAAUUAAUAUUUUUACCUUUAAAUCGAUAUGAUUAUUCAUAACAGACAUAAGUAGUUGACUAAUUGACUACUUUUUAAUGUAACCACCAAAAAAACCCCAAAACCAACUUAUUUUACUUUAAAAUUCUUGCCCAAGGCAAGUUUGUUGCUCCAUGAUCACACCCAAAUCAAUCUAAGGGUACCAAUACUUUAUUAUUAGUGGGUAAUGUAUAAAAAUUGUGCGAAAACGUGGUCAAGUUCACACAACAAGGCACUAUCGCUUAGAGAUAUUUAUUUAUUUAGGUAUUAUUUUUUAUUUGCUGUUUAACACUGCUGCUAAGCAACUGGGAAAUGUGGAUGCAAAGAAUGGAGGCGAGUUAAUGACUGAGGCAAAGAAUUUAGCUAGCUAGCUAGCAAGUAACCUGCAAGUCUUUUAUUGUAAAGAAUGUAAACCAAAAGAGAGAGAAUGCAGAAACCAGACAAAGUUGUAGAGAAUAUCAAUAUUUACCUCAGAUGUGUUGGUCAACUUCUAAAAAAAAUGCUCCAUACAGCUAAAAUGUUGCUCUAAAUACAGUUAGCGUCAACUGCUAACUGGGCUUCUAUAGUUCCACCAUUUUGAAAAAUGGUAACAUUGCUAACAUAAAGCGAACAUAAAAUAUCCAAAGGAGUGAACACCGGGUUGUUUGUGUAGAAAUUUCUCAUCAAUAUGGCAAAAAUAUUGGUACCUUAUCCGAAUUUAAAAAUGUUCUCAGUGAUUUUAAAGUAAAACUUGUGAAAACAUUUUUGACCGGAUCCUUUUCUGUUGUCAUGGUAUGAUUAAGUUAUUUACAAAAUCGAGUCGUACAUGAGCUGACGAGGCACAUAGCACCAAGUUGGCUAUAAGCCAUGUACGACGAGAUUGAGUGGAAUUAUUAUUUUAUUCUAUUCACGUUCACUGGAUUUUGAAAAACAGAUCAUUUUUAUUUUUUGCAAAUCCAAUACAUAACUUCGGACAGAACAUCCAACAAAAUCGUUUCCACUUAGACUGUAAACAAACCAGCGAAAUGACGUUAGCAGUUUGUGGAAAAAUGCGAUAAUAAUAAUUCUUGCAGAAAAAAAUACGUUCUUACUAUGAAAUACUUUCAUUCUAUAUUUUGUUGGGGUUUUUUAUUUCAUCCUCAGUUGGUUCAGCAACACGCUUCACCGUGUUCUUCUUCUUUACGGUUUUUGGCGGCUGGCAAACCAACUUAAAGGCGCAUUAUCGCCACCAACUGGGCUGGAGUGUGGAACAGGAGAUAUGGGGAUCUCAUCUCAUUAUCUGUAGCCGCUUUAUCCUGUUCUACAGGGUCGCGGGCGAGCUGGAGCCUAUCCCAGCUGACUACGGGCGAAAGGCGGGGUACACCCUGGACAAGUUGCCAGGUCAUCACAGGGCUGACACAUAGACACAGACAACCAUUCACACCUACGGUCAAUUUAGAGUCACCAGUUAACCUA